CUUAGCAGUUGGAGCUACAGAAAUCAAAGAACAACAUAAAGCAUAAAUGGGAUCACUACAAUAAAAUACAGAUGCAGUAUUUAUAAGAGAAAUACUUGGACCAUGGAAACACUUGGGCGAAAGUGAAAAGCAAUUUCAGACAGGGGCAAGAGUAUUAAUGUCCUCAAACAUAUUCAACGUAUUUAAAAUGUGUGCAGGCAAGCAGCCGCUGACAGAAAAUGAUAUUGAACAUGGUACAAGCAGGGACCCGCCUGGCAAGAAAAAACACAGAUUACUCCAUAUAAAGGCUAUUAAAAAAUUAUUUUACUGUAAAAGAACAACAGGGGAUCCAAACAACCAACAGAUUAUCCAUGAAAAUAUAACAGCUGAAAGUAUUCAGAGGGACAUUGAUCAAAAAUUAUUCUCUAAGGCCAGCAAUGAUCUGAUCAUGUUGGAACAAGAGUGCUACAGUAAUACUGAUGAUGAACUACACCAUGAAAACAAAAAAAAGGUUGAGUCUCUUUAUAAGGUAUUGGAGGAUAUGGUAUUUACAGUAAUAAAAGAUUCAAUCACAAUGGAAUGCGAGGAAUUGAUAGAGCAAGCAGUUCAGGCAAUACUAGAACAAGAAAAGGAAGACAACAGGUAUAUUACAGACUCCAAAGAUUACAACCCAGAACGGCCAAGAAAAUGGAAGCAAAAGUGGAUCAGCACUGUCAAGGAGUCGGUGAAUGAUAGAGUCAAAGAAUUACCUGAGGAUGAAACAAACAAUUCCAGUUCAUCUCUUUCACAAUCUUUUACAAGUCUGGGAAAAAUAUUCAAGAAGGACUUAACUCACAUAAUAUACCAUCUCAAGCAGCAUUAUCCCGAUGAUUUUGAUGUUUGCAACAGCUACGCACAACAUUAUCACCAGGCUUUCUUGGCGCAUACCAAUACCAUAACAGAGUUUGAACUUAGUGACAAGGAUAUCUUUUUUCUGCUGUGUUGGGUUCAUGAUAUUUAUCCAAAUGUUAUCCUAAAAGACCCACCUUUAGCUGGGAACAUAGAUGAGACAAGGUUAAAAAGUCUUUUAUCACCACAGAAAAUCAGGGACUACGAAAGCAGUUAUGUUUCCACUGAAGUGUUUACUGUAAAGACAUGGAUUAAUAAAAGUUUAGACCUGGAAGCCCAACUCUGGAAUGUUGGAAAAGAACCUGAGAAGCUGGAUGAAACAUACCAUACUGAAUUACACAUUGAUGUCCUACAGAAUUUUAGUGGUGGAAUAAGGAGAGCCAUGGAAAUAUCAGAGAGAUUGACAAAUAGACUCAAGCCACUUCUGGCAGCAGAAUUGGUGGAAUUUGCCAAAAGGUACAAGAGCCUAUUUGAAGAAUUCCUAGAGAAAAAUAAGAACCAACAAAAUUUAAGGCCUACAAUCAUCGUUAAUAUGAAUUGCUGCUGGAAUUUCAGGGACUUUGUAACACACAACUUUAAUGAUGCCCAGUUACAAAGACACAAAGAAAAUAUGAAUUCCAUCUUGCUUGAGUUUGAAGAUCUUGGUUACAAUGUCCUCCUGCAGAGUCUGUUUCAAGAAUUAAAGUCACAUUUCAAAAAAAUAUCCCAAGGUAAUGGCCUAUGCAGCUACAAGGUCAUGUCAGAAAUCAUCGAAAAAGUAGAAAAAUACAUUGAUCCUCUUACGACUCUAAAGACAUCUUGCCAUCAGGAAAUGAUUGGAAGGAUUCAUUUUUACCUGGUUACAGAAUAUGUCACAAGACUCAUGAAGAAAAAGGUCUGCCUCAAAAAUAUGGACCAAUUAAAAACUCUUGCCAACCAAAUCAAUGAGAGUGCAAAAAUGAUUGAUGACUUCUUUUCCUCGCAGGAUUCACCCAGAGUAUGGCUGAUACCUCUGAUUUACAAAAUUGCUGAAAUCAUCAGACUUCAGGAUAUAGGAGCAAUUCAGAUUGAAGUGGCAGCCCUUGUAGAAGAGUACUCAGAUGUUGGGAAAAAACACAUUGAAGGCAUUUUAUACAUAAAAGGCAACCUAAGCAAACAAGAAGUGAAAUCUGUCCUGAAUAUUCUCAAAUACAAUGGAACAAAGGCCAAUAAAAACCCACCAUUCUUCUCAUUAAUUAAACUAUCGUAAUCAUAGGCACUUCAUGUGACUCUGCCUUCCUAUUGGUGCUUGAGAUCCGAACCUUUUUAUGUGCAAUACUGUACCAAGAUGUGGCUGGAGCAGCUAUAUCAGUUUUGUUUACAGAUAUUAGGCUGUAGGAAAAGUGUGACUGCAAAGCAUGCUGGCAGCGUGGAAACAGUGUAUUGCUAUUAUAUAGUAUUAAUGUUUAGUCUGAAAAUACAUGUGUUUAUUGUAUUCUAUCUUCCAUUUUAAACCACUUGUCACAAUAUUACUAGUGAUUUACUGUAUAUGCAUGCCUGAAUACAGAUUCAUGAAUUAGCGCCUUAGGCUUACCCAUGAGAUUGUACUUAGUGUAGCAAAUCAACACACUGGUAAGGCUUGGUGUCUUGUUUUCUGUUGUAACCGCUAGCCCUACCACAACCCACUUCUCACUACCAACUAUGGCAUAAACAGGUCUGUUAAAUCAGUCAUACAAUGGGACAUUUUCAGUAAAAUAUUUCACUAUUUUUUUGUGCUUAUUGCACAUAUCAAAUUCCAUCUGAACAAAGGUCAACAACCUCCAUUUUUGUUGCUAGCCUCUGCAUAGCUUACUUUGAAUUGGUUUCCUGUUGUUAAUACAAUGUGAUUGUGUUUUAUGUAUUUCUCCGCGCCACGAUUGUUGGAAAGAAAAUAUAAAGGAUAAUCAGAGAAAUACAUAAACCUUACAAGGGAAACAUUUGGACCAAUGCGUUUGAUAUUUUUAACUGUUUUGGUUCAUGCAAGCUCUGAAGCAUUUAUUAUGGAUGUGUUAUGAUAAGCUUUUUUUCAGUUAUAUUUAUUUCAUUGCAUUUUGUACAUUAUUUGGAUACUAGAGUGUUAUAACGUGUUUUACAUAUUUAUUUUCCCUAAAACAUUUUAGCAGAUAAUAUUUGCCAUAAAUGUUAUUUUUUUUACCUGCACAUUAAAGAUAAUGUUUCUUAUGA